CGUCCUCCUCAACCAUCAACCGAACUUACCAGAAGAGUCGAAGACCCCAUUCCUUUCGGCUAUAAAUACGUCCCUCAUUAAACCCUGCAAAAACGCAAGCAAGCAAACAAACAAACACAGCGAAGCUCACGAAAUCCAACAAACAAAAAUGUCUCUCAUUCCGAGCGGAUUCUUUGGCCGAAGAACCAACCUCUUCGACCCAUUCUCGUCUGACAUCUGGGACCCAUUCCUGGACUUUCCCUUUCCGACAAGCACGGCCCUCUCGGCCCCGCGCUCUGAGUUCGCAGCUGAAACGGCGGCGUUCGCCAACACCCGCAUUGACUGGAAGGAGACUCCAGAAGCGCACGUUUUCAAGGCCGACCUUCCGGGGCUGAGAAAAGAGGAGGUGAAGGUGGAGAUAGAGGAGGGUCGGGUGCUUCAGAUAAGCGGGGAGAGGAACAAAGAGGAGGAGGAGAAGAAGGACACAUGGCACAGGGUUGAGAGGAGCAGCGGCAAGUUCUUGAGGCGGUUCAGGCUGCCUGAGAACGCGAGGGUGGACCGGGUCAGCGCCUCCAUGGAGAGUGGAGUGCUCACUGUGACCGUGCCCAAGGUGGAGGUGGAGGAGAAGAAGCCUCAUGUUAAGGCGGUUGAGAUCUCUGCCUGAAGGCUCAACUCUUCAGUAUGAAGGAGUUGGGUUUGAUGGUAUAUAUGGUUGUGGAAGUGUUGUGCGUUUCAUGGAGUUUGAAUUUCUAUUUGGAUUGUGGGAUUUAAUAGAUUUAUAAAUGUUGCUGAAGUAAUGAUUUUACGUAGUAAUAAAAAGUUCAGUUUUUCUUUUU